CAUGCCCGGAGAACCCAACCAACCACUGCCAUGAUCCAUCGUAAAUGAUUGCAAGGCGAGGGGAAAAGCAACGGCUUCGAUCAACCUCUCUUCUGCUUACGUACGAUUGUACAUGAGCGACUUUCUGCGUCACUCUUCAACCCAGGCCAGCAUCGAUCUACUCUUAUCCGAACACGAAUACAGUAAGUGGCUGCCUUCAUUCCUUGCCGAAUUCUAAAUCGAGCAUAACUGGCACCCGAAGAUGAGGAUGAGAAUGAGGUUGCCGUAAUCCAUCCCGCACCUGGAGACCGUUCGGCGAGUUACUAGUGUAGGCCUUUCCACUAGGCUGCCCAUCCCAUCCCUCCAAAAUCUAAAAUCACCAAAACUGGAAGUCCGGAGGACCGAGGUCGAUUUGCCUCAGGUUGCCGGAAGUACCUUUGAGUCUCAGCCCGACAAGUCGCUUUCACCGUGCCUUAUCCUCAUACUCAAGUUCAAAGUUACCCUUAUAAGCCGGUAAUUCCCGUCAUAUCACGUAUUAGGUAUACAUACUAUAUAAUUGGCACGAACAAGGUUAUUCGUCCUGCAUAUCAAGCUAUCUGUCUAUGAAGUUUGUUUUAAACACCUUGCCAUAAUCCCUACCUUGUACUUGUAGUCUGUCUCCUUUCUUCGCCUUUAAAAUAUCACCAUAACCCACCAUCUGUCUGCUCGCAUAUGGUACCAUCUCACUGAGAAUAACAUGGCGUCACAGUCAGAACCAGCGAGGACAGAAAAAGCCUCGACCGCUCUCAGUCUGUCCUUUAAUAUUGCCGAAAAUCGUCCGGCUUCAAGAUCAUCUUCCAUAUCAUCCACAUCAUCACAAGAUAGUAUGGCUAGCGACUCAACCAGGACAUCCUCUUCUUCGUUUGAGGUUGAGAACGCUUACUUCAGCUCUAAUCCGCCACCCAAGACACUGCCCCAACAUGUCGCGGCUGCGAAGGAGUUUAUCAGUCAGCACGCUGCUGCAAAUCGACGAGUGGUUCUGGUAACAUCAGGAGGUACGACUGUCCCGUUGGAAAAGCAGACAGUGCGUUUCAUCGACAACUUCAGUGCUGGAACACGCGGUGCCACGUCGGCCGAGUAUUUCCUGGAGUCUGGAUAUGCCGUCAUAUUCUUGCAUCGGCAGUUCAGUUUACUACCGUACAGUCGACAUUAUAGUCACUCAACAGAUUGUUUCCUGGAUUUCUUGCAUGAAUCAGAUGAUGGUAGCGUCAUAGCGAACCCGGCCCACCAGCAAAAGAUGUUGCGCGUUUUACGCAAGUACAAUGCCGCUAAGCGGCAGAACAUGCUGCUCAUGCUGCCCUUCGUUACCAUUACCGACUAUUUGCAUGAGUUGCGAGCAGUGGCCCAAUUGAUGCGCCCUCUCGGACCGAACGGGCUCUUGUACCUCGCCGCCGCCGUGAGCGACUUUUUUGUCCCGCCAGAGCGUAUGUCCGAGCACAAGAUUCAGAGCACAACCGCAACAGAUAAAUUCCAGCCAAAAACGCAGCAAGGUCCGACCACGAUCACAACAGAGAGGCGAAGGCCGGAGAAAGAAAAUGAAGAUGAUGAGGCAUUCGAUAACUUCGACUCGUCGCCCGCGGUUCCCCGUAGCAAGCGAUUGAUAGUAGACUUGGAUCCGGUGCCCAAGUUUCUCAAGAACCUCGUUGAUGGAUGGGCCCCUGAAGGAAUGAUCGUAUCAUUCAAGCUCGAAACAGACCCCGCUAUACUCGUCCACAAGGCUAAGUACUCGCUAAACCGGUACCAGCACCACCUUGUGAUCGGCAACUUACUCACGACUCGUAAAUGGGAGGUCGUAUUCGUCAGCCCGGGCCGCGAAGAUCAGUGGAUCCGCGUCCCUAUUGCUCGUCGCAAGAAGACGCUCAGCGGUAGCGGAGUCGAGGAUUUGAUCGGCGCCGCAGAGCGGGAAGGCAGUGGCAAGGAGAAUACUAGUAAUGAGCCUAUGGACCCAGCCAGCCUGCCUGAAGGCGAACCAGAGAUGGAGAUCGAGAGCCUCAUUAUUCCUGCAGUUCAGGCAUUGCAUGACAAGCAUGUUGAGUCAGUCGCUGCAAAAAAAUCUUAAAAAUGGUGAGCUUUGGAUGAUUAAGACAUUGUGAGAAUGGUGAACACAUCUUGAUCAGAUUAUGGGAUAUGGGAUACGGUCUAUGGGCUUUUCUUUUUCUUAUUUUUCUCAGAUACCAUGAACUGUAUAUAUGCCCUGAGCCAUAAUAUAACCAUAUUGCUAAAUAGCGAGAAUGCGAAAUAGCACAUUUUUCUCAA